AGGAUAAGGAUACCAUCUAAAACAUGGCGUUCUCCAUGGACCGUGUCAAUUUCGCCAACGUGUAAAAGAAACUUUCGAGCGAAAUUCUUCCACAAUUCUGAGGUGUUUUUCAUUCAGAAUGUACAAGCUUGUACAGAAACAGACCUACACAUUUUUAUCCCACCGUCAUGGGGUGAUUUUGAUUUUCAUCGGACUUAUUAUUGUUAUACUUUCUGCGAUUCAUUUUGGAGAGUCUUCCUUGGAGUGGAGCAGAGAUCAGUAUUCACAGCUUUUCAACAUUUAUCAUGACAACAUCGCAGGAAAAGCCUUCCAGAACAGAAUGUGUCUGCCCAUCCCUAUCGACGCAGUCUACACGUGGGUCAACGGGUCGGACCCGAAACUUAUCGCAGAUCUGCAACGCAUCAAAGAAAAGCUGGAAAAAGACACUAAGAAGGAACCUGAAGAAGAUGAGAAAAAAUUACUUCAGUGCAAGGAUGACAACUGUAUUCCUGGUCAGAUGAUUGUCUUCAGCACGGCACUGCCUGGCAGCUUAGAAAAGGAAGACUUGGCGCAGAGCCAUAUUGGUUUUCUCGAGGAAGAUAGGGUGUUCAAUUUGACCAAGUCGAGUCGGGAGAAUAUCACGGUGGCCCAGUUUGAAAAGCAGUCUGUGGUUGACACAAUCAUGAAAGAGAAGCCAUUUGUUAUUUACCAAGGAAAAAACGUCUCUCUCUCCAGGGGAUAUUUAACGAGUGACUGGCAUGCUGAGGGUGGUGUUGAGUUGAAGGACCUCGCCUUCAUCUCCAACGUCGGCAAAAAUGUGACAGAGGAGCAACUGAGGGGCAAAAUUCCCGAGGAACAGCGAGAGAACGUCAAACGCAUCGACCUGACCUCCAGCGCCGGGGUCGCGGUCAUCACGUUGAAAACGGCUGACGUGACCAAGACGUUUAUUACGGAGUUUGAGAAAAGUGAAGGGGAGGAGGGAAUGAAAGUUGGCUCCGCCUACCUCCUGUGGGGCUUGGAGCAGGACAAGCCCAACCACGAGGAGGACGUCUCCAAGAGCCGUUUCGAAGACAAUGAGGAGAUGAGGUACUCGUUACGUUCCUUGGAGCAGAACGCGCCGUGGAUACGCCACGUUUACAUCGUCACCAACGGCCAGAUCCCAUCCUGGCUAAAUCUGGACAAUCCACGCGUCUCCCUGGUUACGCACGAGGAUAUUUUCCCCAACAAGAGCCACCUUCCAACGUUCAGCUCCCCGGCUAUUGAGAGCAACCUCCAUCGGAUCCCAGGCCUGUCGGACAAGUUCAUCUACCUGAACGACGACACCAUGUUUGGCGUGCCGAUCUGGCCGGACGAUUUCUACACUCACUCCAGUGGACAGAAGAUCUACCUGACCUGGCCUGUUCCAAACUGUGCUGAGGGGUGUCCGCCUUCGUGGAUACGAGACAAUUACUGCGACACAGCGUGCAACAAUUCAGAGUGUGAUUGGGACGGCGGGGAUUGUGAUGGCGUGACCAAGGCAGGGCCGGUGGGAGGCGGAAUCGUAGGCGAUAGAUCAUAUGAUGCACCUGACCUGUACUGUAAUGCUGGAUGUGCCAACGGCUGGAUAGCUGACCGCUACUGUGACCAGACUUGUAACGUUGCCAAGUGUGGCUUUGAUGCCGGCGACUGCGGCGUGGAUAACUUCAACAAGCUGUACGGCGUGGAUAUCAAGGGACCAGUGAAUAUCACAAUACCAAAAGGAAUCAUGGUCUUUUUCUUGAACCUGACCACCAUCUUCGGCGCCAAUUCCUCGAUCACCGAAGCACAGUAUGACGAUUACAAGAUUGUCCGGACCGCCACCGUCGCCCAGAAGUACAAACUCAUCACCAUGCUGCUCCACGAAAACAUAUCGGACACGAUGAUCAGUGUUAACGUCAGCGGACAGAAGAAUGACGGGACGCUGCUCAACGUGGCAUUCAACGUGACAGUCAACUCAGUCCCCAUUCCCGAGAGGGCGCUGACAAUCGUCAAAGAAACGGAUGAAAAGACAAAUAAAACCGAUGAUGAUGAUGAUGAAUUGUCCAAGGUCCUUUUCCCUGACAUUCCAGAGCAUGAAAGGGGGCCCAAGAUUCACGUAAACACCAACCCCGCUGUGGAACUGCCAGCCAUUGACACAGAAUCACUCGGCGGAGAAGUCACCUCAAAACUGGCCGAGCUCGACAAAAAACUGGCAGACGGGGACAUCACGGACAAAGGCUACAGAAAAUUGAAGGCACAAAUUCUUCAAGAGUAUCUACAGUCACCGGAUUAUGUGAACAAAGGUGCUGAGAAAGCAGUAGCUGACAAAAAUAUUGCAGCAUACCAGAAGGUUGGUGACUCUCCAAAACUCUUGCAAGAUGCUGACGGGAAAUUGCUCCACAAACCGGAAAAUGACAGAGUUAAUGUGGAGGACAGCAUGGACGAAUUGAAGAAGAUGAAAUUCAGGCAGGCGGAUUUCCAGCCGGAUUUGGGAGAGGAACGGGUGAGGAGAAAGGGCGUUGAAGGGGAACAAGACUUUGUUGGAUUUGGUCGGAGUAAAGUACCAGAAGUCCGUGACACCAGAGAGAAAACUUUAGCUCAAAAGGAACAAAUGUUGAAGGAAAAGUUUCUGUUCGAUCAGAGUAAAAAACUGCAGGAGAUAAACCAACAGCCAAAGCAGCAGCAGCAGCUGCAAGAAGUUGUUGAUGUCCAACAGCCUCUUGUGCAACAGCAACAGCAGCAAGUAUUUCAACAGCAUCAACAACAAGCUUUUGGGCAACAGCAGCAGCCAAUUUCGCAAAAGCAACAGCAGCCAGUUUUACAACAGCAGCAGCAGCAACCUCUUUUACAACAGCAGCAGCAACCACUGUUACAACAGCAACAGCAGCCACUGUUACAACAACAGCCACUGUUACAACAGCAGCAGCAGCCAAUUUUACAACAGCAGCAGCCAAUUUUACAACAACAGCAGCAACCAAUUUUACAACAACAACAGCAGCAGCCAAUUUUACAACAGCAAAAUCCACUUAUGCAACAACAGCAGCAACCCGUGCAGCAGCAACAGCCAGGCCUACAACAGCAGCAGGCGGACUUACAAGGGCAGCCACUGCAACCAAAAAUACAGCUUCAACCCCUGUUUCAACAGCAGCAGCCAAAAAGCGAUCAACAGCAGCAACUUUUUCCUGAGAAUCAGCAGCUACCUAUGCAACAGCAGCAGCAGCAUCUUAAUAUUCAGUAUCCAGAAAUCAAUCAGCAGCAGUUGCCAGUUCAGCAACAGCAACAAGUAAAUGCACAACAACCACAAGGUCAAGCUCAACAACAGCAGCAACUGAAUCAACAACCACUUUUUCGACAGCAACAGGAGCCCAAGUUACAACAGCAAUUAAACCAGCAACAACCGUUUUCCCAACCAGGGAAGGAACAACUUGGCCUGCAGAAGCUACAGCAAGAGCAGCCCCAUGCCCCCCAGGUGGACGAUAAAAUUCCUGAAGAUUUAUCCAAAAACUCCAAAUUUGCCGGACCAGGAGGUGAAGCCCAACAAAAACAACCCUCCAUGAAUAAUCUAAAUUACCAUGACAACAGCAGGAAGAUGCCCAAUCAGAACAACGGCAGGAACCAGUUAGGUGGUCAGCUAAAUCCGCAGCGGCCGCCAAAUAUCCAUGAACUGGAGCCAGUCCUGUUCAACAGGAAGCCCCCGAAGCAGGCUGCUUUGAACCCUCGGGGGCAAGUUGAGCAAGUCGGUCCUCAGAACUGGCGGGAACCCGUCCUGAUCAACCGUCAACCUGUUGCUCCCAACCUGGUGAACAAGGGGAACCAGGGAAAUCCUGCCAACAGACAAUUUGUUGCCGAGAACCAGUUUCCUCAGGACAGGUUUAAUCCGUUCGGUGCAAAAGAACCGGAGCAGUGGUUGCCCAAUGAAAAUGCUCAGAUUCAGGAACAAAUCCCGAAACAAGACGACACUGUCAAACAACAGAUGCAGCAGGAUUCAGACAAGAAAACUGGAUUGAACCGGCCUGGGCUGGAAAUUGCCGGACCAGACCGGAAAGAACAACAGAAUGCUGGACUGAACCAGCCGCAACUGGUUCCAAAAGAUGAGGAGCAGAAAAGGAUAAUAGAUGAAGAGCUUCCGAAAAAGAAAUUAUAUAAGGGCAGAAGGAAAGAAACUGGACGAAAACUGGGGCUUGGGAAUAAUGACAUGAAUCUCCGAAGGCGGAAACUUUUAUCAGAUGAAAAUUAUGAUCUGGUUACAGAACAGCACCACAUCAACACAUCUUUACUAGAAGAAAUUUCUUAUUUAAAUUUCACUCACUCUUCCAGCACACCGUUUCCACAUGCAAAAUCUAACAGACUUGGUAAUGCCCAAGGAGAACUGCCUAGUAACAGAGAGCAUCAUGGGAUACACCCAAAGCACCUUGGGAAAUAUUUUGAACAAAUGAGAAUCAAUGCCGAAGGCGACGGUAGCAUUUAUAAAAAGUCUGAUAAAACAAGCGCCAAAGGCGCAAGUCCAAAAAGGCAGGAGGAAGAUGCCGUUGCCAUGGUGAUGGAUGAUGUCACGGAUGAAGAGGCUGAGAAAAUGGCGGAGGAUGCUGACAAGUUCAUGAGGAAGACAAGCUUCCUGCCGUGGGAGAGAAAAGCAGUCCCUAAGGAAAAAGAAACAAAGUCGGAUUACCAGAUGACAAGCUACAGGAGCAGGAAGACACUGGACACAUUUGCCGACUCGCUGAUCCACGUCAACAGGCUGUUCAACAAGCGGUUCGGGUUCAUAUCCCGCAAAGUGCCGGGCCACAUACCCCACAUGAUUGACGUCAACAUCAUGAAGGAACUACAAGCAGAAUUUCCGGCUGAGUUUGAUGAGACGUCGUCCCAUCAGAUCCGUCACUCCAGGGACAUGCAGUUUGCUUUCUCCUACAUGUAUUACAUCAUCGGCUCCCCGAAGGAAGUGGACACCAACGAAAUCUUUGACGAGUUUGACACCGAUCAUUCCGGGGUGUUGUCAGAUCGGGAAAUCCGUACCUUAGCCACAAGGCUGUUUGAGCUUCCUCUAGAUUUACAAACCCUGAGCUCCCUGGAGAACAACUUCAUCCAGUGUGCCAAGAACCUCAGCAAAGAUGUCUAUGAAGACCCAAGCCUCAUGCAGGAAAAGUACUACGAAGAGAAGAUGCCGCAAGUAACAAAGGCCUUAGUCGCUAAGUGCACAGCGGUGACUGAUCUGAUGCAGAAAAGUGUCAAAGGUCAAACCAAUUACAAGUACGAAAUCCUGGGUGAUGACGAUAUAGCCUUUAAGAUGAUUCGAACCAAUGUGUCACAGGUCAUAGGUCAACUGGAUGACAUCAGGAAGAACCCAAAAAAAUUUGUCUGCUUGAAUGACAACAUUGAUCACGCCAGUCCCGACGCGUACAUGGUGAAAGCCGUGCUGCAAGAUUUCUACGAAGCACUCUUCCCGAUCGUCUCGCAGUUUGAGCUGCCACGAGAGUAUAGAAACCGGUUCUUACACGUAGAUGAACUACGGGAAUGGAGGCGAUAUCGUGACUGGCUCAGGUUCUGGACACAAAUCUCCCUAUUUGCUCUGAUUGCUUUCAGUAUAGCAUCAUUUUGCUCCCGUCAGCUGGUGGCAUUACGGAGGCGUUGCUGUCCAAGGCGCCGCACGAAAAUGAGUGAAGUUGCGGAAAAGGUUCAGCAUGUAUGACUAACCAAGAAAAAAGACUC